GGGUUUGAGUGGUGAGAUAAUGUCUGUAUUCAAGCUGAAGUCGACGAGACAGUCGACGAGAAUACCAACGGCAGUGAAGAUCAGCGAGGAAGACAAGCCACUUGCGCGGUCAGACUUCAACGUCAACAAAAUCACAGAAAUUCAGAACCGUUUUCAAGGUGGCGAGGUGUUGGUGGCUGCUGGUAGAAUUUUUGUGCGCGAGGGCACGUUGAUGAAAGUGUGUCGGAAAGGACCUAAACCAAGACAGUUUUUUCUGUUCAACGAUGUGCUGGUUUACGGUACAAUUCUAUCAAGGGGUCAUUAUGCUCAACAACACAUUCUCUCAUUGGAUCAAAUGUCUGUCACGUCUGAGUGUCACUAUAUGCCACAAGUCUACUCCAACGAUGGAGAAAUUGAUUUACAUUUGGACAUUAAGAAUGCCUUUCAAAUUAAUCACUACGCGAAGUCAUUUCACAUUUUUGCAUCUUCGCCAACAGACAAGAACAACUGGCUCUCCAACCUUAGCAAGUACAUCUCAAAAGCACAAGAUGGACGAGAAUCUGUACAGUUGGUGACUAGAGCUGUAUGGGUACCGGAUUCAUGUGUGAACGAUUGUAUGGGAUGCAAAAAGAAGUUUACAACGUUUACUAGAAAGCAUCAUUGUCGCAAUUGUGGCAAAGUCGUAUGCGGCCAAUGCUCCAGCACAAAAGUCGAUCUUCUUCUAUUCCAAGGCCAGACACCAGCACCAGGAACAGAAAAACCAGAACGUGUGUGUACAGAUUGCUACUCCAUCGUUUCCAAAUCCACAACAAACAAACAACGAGACAAUACAAAACAGGUCACUGUGAUUGAUGCUCGGCCAAUGAAUAGCUCCUCACAAGGAGGAAAGAAAUUGAGUCAAGAGAGACCUCCACCUCUUGUUUCCGAAGCAAUGAAGCAAACAUCACAGACGCUUCUUGCUUGUGCUGAACAGACAGCAGAACGACGAGCAGCAAACAAACAGUUGUUUGACACAAAAGGAGCAACAACGGGUGAAGGUGACGACAGCACAGCAGCAGCUCAGUCAACCUCGAAUGAUUACGAAGAUUCGGGUAAUGAAACGACCGACUCGGAUGAUUCGGAAGAUUUGGAUGAGACAGAAAAGAGAGAAAUGCAACUCACACGAAGUGCGUCUAUCCUGUCAGGCAGCUCAUGGAAUGAACAACAACAACAGCUGAACUCACAAUCUCGUUUGGAUGAUGACGAACGUUCUGACACGCCACAGGCUCCUCCAAGGAGGAAACGACAAGGAAAGGGACAGGAAUCUCCAGAAACACAACGCACUCAAGCCACUGCAACAGAUGCACACGUUUUCACUUGUGCCACGUGUCACAAAGUGUUGAAUAAUGGUGAAUACGGUUUCCUGGAGGAGCAAUCCUAUUGCAGAGAACAUUUCAAGGAAAAGUAUGAACAACUACACGGUCAGGAAAAUGAGCAGCAAGAUGGCGUGAAAGGGAAACCAACACCAGUUCCCAGAAAACAGAAAGAAGCAACAGAAGACAAAGACAAAAUACAUCAAGACGCUGUCAACAAUACUGAAACUCAAGCACAUCAAACUCAUCAAGAGAAUACAACAGAGGAGCCAGUUAGGCCUGCACGCAUGCGUAAGGCUAAUAAAUUUAAGAAGGCAGAAGUCAAGAAGGAAGAAGAGAAGCAACAGGAAACUGUUCCGGAUGAACCACUGGUGGCUGCAAAUCUGUUAGGUGAUGAAAAUGAGCUGUCGACUUCUGUUGUGACAGAAAUGAAUGUUGAGUCUUCACCUGCUGCUCACACUACAGUUGAUGAUCUGCUAAAAAUGACGGAGGAGGAUACACUUGUACCAACCGACCAGCUGAUUUCCCUUGAAACGGAUCCUUCAGUUCUUGCUCUGUCUCACAAACCUCUUUUGCCAUCCGAGCCUCUUCUGCCAUCCACAGAAUCACAACCCGACUCGCCUCCACAGGCGAAAGCGAGACGAAAGAGAACAAAAUUCAAAUCAAAGGCGACAAGCGCGGCAGAAAGCGAACAAACCUGACGGGAAAUCGAAUACAUUUUCUACUUUCUACAUUGUACUCUAAACUCAUAUUUUUCAGUGAUGCGAUUGGCUGUGGUAAUGCGCUAUGAAUAGCAUACAAAUUUACAUUUAUUUUUAGC